CCAGGCAGCCGCGCGGCGCAGAACUGCAGGCGCUCGCCUGGCUAAGCCUGUGCGGGGCUGCCUUCCUAGCUCCCAGCUCCGCAGGCGGACUGCGGGUCCUGACCGCCGCGUCCGCGGCCCGAGGCGAAGGCAGAAGCUGACCCGAGGCUCGGUGGCUGGCGAGGAUCUUGGGAACGUGGCAACCUGUGCAUGGCUCGUCCCACGAGGAGAUGACUUUAGUCACGGCGAUGCCUAAGAAUCAAGUGUGACGUGUCUCCAGGUAUUUCAUGGUGUUCUCCUCCGGCCUUUCCAUACCACUGCUCAACACAGCUCCUGAAACAUGGGGGAAAACGAAGACGAGAAGCAGAGCCAGGCCGGGCAGGUUUUUGAGAACUUUAUCCAGGCUUCCACGUGCAAAGGCACCCUCCAGGCUUUCAACAUCCUCACACGACACCUGGACCUAGACCCUCUGGACCACAGGAACUUUUAUUCUAAGCUCAAGUCCAAGGUGACCACCUGGAAGGCCAAAGCCCUGUGGUACAAACUGGACAAGCGUGGAUCCCACAAGGAGUAUAAGCGAGGGAAGUCUUGUAUGAACACCAAGUGUCUCAUCGUUGGGGGAGGACCAUGUGGUUUGCGCACUGCCAUUGAACUUGCCUACCUAGGGGCCAAAGUGGUGGUGGUGGAGAAGAGGGACACCUUCUCCAGGAACAAUGUGCUGCAUCUCUGGCCUUUCACCAUCCAUGACCUGCGGGGCCUGGGAGCCAAGAAGUUCUACGGGAAGUUCUGCGCUGGCUCCAUCGACCACAUCAGCAUUCGUCAGUUGCAGCUCAUCUUAUUCAAGGUGGCCUUGAUGCUGGGAGUUGAAAUCCAUGUGAACGUGGAGUUUGUAAAGGUUCUAGAACCCCCUGAAGAUCAAGAAAAUAAAAAAAUCGGCUGGCGGGCAGAAUUUCUCCCUGCGGACCACUCUCUAUCGGACUUUGAGUUUGACGUCAUCAUUGGUGCCGAUGGCCGCAGGACCACGCUGGAAGGAUUCAGAAGGAAAGAAUUCCGUGGGAAGUUGGCUAUUGCCAUCACCGCCAACUUCAUAAACAGAAACAGCACAGCUGAGGCCAAGGUGGAAGAGAUCAGUGGUGUGGCUUUCAUCUUCAACCAGAAAUUUUUUCAGGACCUUAAAGAAGAAACAGGGAUCGAUCUUGAGAACAUUGUUUACUACAAGGACUGCACCCACUAUUUUGUCAUGACCGCCAAGAAGCAGAGCCUGCUUGACAAAGGGGUCAUCAUUAAUGACUACAUCGACACAGAGGUGCUGCUGUGUGCAGAGAAUGUGAACCAGGACAACCUGCUUUCCUACGCCCGCGAGGCCGCAGAUUUCGCCACCAAUUACCAGCUGCCAUCGUUAGACUUUGCUCUGAACCACUACGGGCAGCCCGACGUGGCCAUGUUCGACUUCACCUCCAUGUAUGCCUCCGAGAACGCAGCUUUGGUGCGCGAGCGCCAGUCACACCAGCUCCUCGUGGCCCUGGUGGGCGACAGCUUGCUCGAGCCAUUUUGGCCCAUGGGCACAGGCUGUGCCCGAGGCUUCCUGGCAGCCUUUGACACGGCAUGGAUGGUGAAAAGCUGGGACCAGGGCAUCCCUCCCCUGGAGCUGCUUGCUGAAAGAGAAAGUCUUUACCGGCUGUUACCUCAGACCACCCCGGAGAACAUCAACAAGAACUUUGAGCAGUACACGCUGGACCCAGGGACACGGUACCCAAAUCUCAACUCCAACUGUGUCAGGCCCCAUCAGGUGAAGCAUUUGUUCAUCACUAAGGAGCUGCACCAGUGCCCUCUUGAGAGGCUGGGCUCGGUGAGGAGAUCCAUGAGCCUCUCCAGGAGGGAGUUAGACAUCCGGCCCAGCAAGCUCUUAACCUGGUGCCAGCAGCAAACCGAGGGCUACCAGCACGUCAACGUCACCGACCUGACCACAUCCUGGCGCAGCGGCCUGGCCCUGUGUGCCAUCAUCCACCGCUUCCGGCCUGAGCUAAUCAACUUUGAAUCUCUGAACGAAGAUGACGCUGUGGAGAACAACCAGCUGGCCUUUGACGUGGCCGAGCGCGAGUUUGGCAUCCCCCCAGUGACCACCGGCAAGGAGAUGGCGUCAGCCCAGGAGCCCGACAAGCUCAGCAUGGUCAUGUACCUCUCCAAGUUCUAUGAGCUCUUCCGGGGCAUCCCGCUGAGGCCUGUGGAUUCUUGGGGCAAAAACUAUAGAGAAAAUGCUGACCUCAGCUUGGCCAAAUCCUCCAUUUCUCAUAACUAUCUCAACCUCACAUUUCCAAGAAAGAGGACUCCACGAGUGGACACCCAGACUGAAGACAGCGACAUGAACAAACGGAGGCGGAAAGUCUUCAACAACCAGGAUGAGCCUUCAGCCUAUCCCAGCCGCAGCCUGCGCACCGGUCCAGAGGGCGGCAACGGGAGAGAAGGGGGAGGCCAGAACAAAGUCAAGUCCAUGGCAAGCCAGCUGCUGGCCAAGUUCGAAGAGAGCUCUCGGAACCCCUCGCUCCCGAGGCAGGAAUGCCGUGUCUCAGGGAUAGGUAAGCCUGUCCUGCGCCCUUCCUCUGACCCACCUGUUAACUCUCGCUGCCCCAGGCCGGAGGAGCCCACACCCAGCCCAUCACCUCCUCUGAAAAGGCAGUUCCCCUCAGUGGUUGUGACGGGGCACGUGCUCCGAGAAAUAAAGCAAGUGUCUGCUGGCGGCGGGUGCCCGAGCAGACCCUGGAGAGCCAGAGCCAAGUCUGACCUGCAGCUGGGUGGGCCCGAAGUCCCUGCCGGCCUGCCUCCUGCCUGCCAGGGAGCCCUGGCCCUUUCCGGGGUGCUGCGGCGGCUGCAGGAAGUAGAGGACAAGAUUCUCCAGGUGAAAGCCUCGCUCGUGGCCCUGCGUCUGCCCGUGUUGGGGUGCCUUCCUUCCCUCCUCUGCCUCCUCUGCCCUGGGUGGGUUCCUUCUGUUCUGUUCACCCCGUCUCCUGUCCCAUCCCGCCGCUCUCCUGGAGGCAACCACCAUCGUCUGUCACUAUCUCUCUCUCUUUCCCCUCUCUCGCCUUGCCUGCAGAAGAGGGCUCAGAACUUGGCCAACAGGGAAUUUCACAAAAAGAACAUUAAGGAGAAGGCGGCUCACCUUGCCUCCAUGUUUGGACACGGGGAUUUCCCGCAGAAUAAACUACUUUCUAAAGGCCUGUCUCUCACUCACCCUCCGGCUUCUCCCUCCUGUCUUCCGUCUCCCGAUCCAGCUGCUUCUUCCUCUCCAUCGACUGUUGACUCUGUUUCUCCUGCCAGAAAGCUGACGGUAGGGAGAGUGUCCAGCGGAAUAGGGGCUGCAGCUGAAGUCCUGGUCAAUCUGUACAUGAAUGAUCACAGACCUAAGACCCAGGCCACCUCUCCAGACCUGGAAUCCACGCAGAAGGCGUUCCCCCUGAACCUGGGUGGCAGCGACACCUGCUACUUCUGUAGGAAGCGCGUGUACGUGAUGGAGCGGCUGAGCGCCGAGGGCCACUUCUUCCACCGAGAGUGUUUCCGCUGCAGCGUCUGUGCCACCACCCUGCGCCUGGCCACCUACGCCUUCGACGGUGAUGAAGGCAAGUUUUUCUGCAAGCCUCAUUUCAUUCACUUUAAGACCAACACUCAGCAAAGGAAGAGACGAGCAGAGUUGAAGCAACAAAGAGAGGAGGAGGGACCGUGGAAAGAGCAAGAGGCCCCUCGGCGAGACACCCCUGUGGAAAGUUCUUGCGCAGCUGCUGCCAUUGGCACGCCCGAAGGCAGCCCUUCAGCAGAUGAGCCAACCUCCCCCAAGAAGCCCAAGAGUGUUCUGGAGCCAGAGCCCAGUGAUGUGGAAGGUGAAGCCACCUCUCUCCUGCCCUCGGAGUGGACCUCAGUAAGGAUCAGCCCUGGGGAGGAUGUAGUUGGACAAGACAUGAUGGCUGUGUGUGUCCUGGUCACCAGUGAUGACGGCAGCUCCGAUGCAGAGCCAGACUGUCCGGGCCGUGAGGCCUCCAGCGCACAGCCCUGUGAGGAGAGACCCCGGCGGCCAGAAGCCCCGCCCCUCGCAGAGCCGCUCACCAGGCACAGCUCCCUGAGAGAGGCCCCGACCAGGAAAGUCUCUCCAUGGUGCCCUGAGGAGUCGCAAGCUAUGCAUGCUCUGCAACGGGCCAGUAGCUUCCAGUCUCCAACUCCCAGCAAAUACCAGAGCUGGAGAAGAAAAUUCCAGUCGAGUUUGACACCAGUGAACAACAAAAGAACUAUGUCACCUUCAAAGGAACCUGCUCCUCUUUCUUCUUCCUCAUUGUCUGCUCCCUCAUCUUCCUCGCCAUCUUUUUCUUCAGCCAGUGUCCCGGGGAAUGCUCUGGUUGGCGUCUCCCUACCUCAGGUAACAGCUGACAACCUGCCUUCACAGGUCUCAAGAGGUCACUCCAGCCCUUCCACUCCAAUCUUUCUGAGGCGUGCCAGAGCCCAAGGGGUACCCAAGGACAUGCCCCUGUAUCUGCCUCACGGCCAAGUGCUGGAGCAGGCAGAGUACUGCAUGGUGUGGCCCGGCGAAGGUGAUCUUGCCAGCCCCCAGCUGCCCAGCCCUGCAGAGACGGCUUCUGAUGGGUGUCAGGAAGCAGAGGCCCCUCUUGGGGACACCAGAAGCAUCCUCAGAGGCCCACACCCCACUGGAGGGCAGGACAGGUGCUUGUCAGACCAAGAACUAUCUCCCAGGGCUGGAGAGGACCCAGGGGAGAAGAACACCCGACCCAGAAGGGGAGAGGAGGAUGGGUCAGAGGUGGCAAAGGGGAAGAAGCUGGGCUUGAAGAAGUUAGUCCUCACUCCAGAGCAGAAGACCAAGCUGCUGGACUGGGACGAUUCCAUCCCUGAGAGCGUGAGCCUGGGAGCUGUGGCACAACCUGCUCCGAGAAGAGCCGGCAAUGGUAGGGGAGGCCGUGCGCCGAAACCAGUGAGUCCCGUGCUGCCCUCACGGACAGCAAAAGAGACCCCGCCCACCCAGGGCAGGGCUCAGGAGGAGCCGGGGACCCCAGCUGAACGGGCUCCACCCAAGUCCCCACUUUGGCUCAUAGCAAAUGCCAUCCGAAGGUCCCUGGAGCCCCUCCUCCCCAACUCGGAAGGUGGGAGGAAGGCCUCUGCCAAGCAAGAAUCAAAGACCUCGCCCACCAGACAGCCGCAUGCUUGCAUUCGCUCGUUCAGCCUUCGCAAAACCAGCUCCAGUAAAGACGGCAACCAGCAGUCCCCGGGGAAAGACAUGGCGAGCAAGGCCUCAGCCUUCUUCUCCCUGGGCUCCCCACCUGCCAGGGCUGCGCAGCCCUCGUACCCUAGCCCUCCUGAUCUUGCCCUCCGCACCCAUAGUUUGCCCAACCGACCAUCCAAGGUGUUUCCUGCACUCAUGUCCCCACCCUGCCACAAGAUGGAAGAUGUCCCCACACUCCUUGAGAAAGUGAGUUUGCAAGAGACCCUCCCAGAUGCUUCUAGGGCUCCAAAGGAAAAAAUCUCUCUCUUUCCCUCCCCCACACUCAAAGAUAAAUCUUUUGAGAGUUCCCUCCAAGAAUCCAAACAAAGAAAGGACCUUCAGGACCUCUUUAGCACCCCCAGGGGGGCAGGGAAGCCCGUGGACAGUGCCCAGCCUCUGGAGAAGCUGGUACAGCCUUUCAGUAGGACCUGCCUGGGGCCGAGGGUCCAUCCUCCUUCUCCAGACAAAGACGCAAAUCCGAAACACGUACCUGUCCGAGCACAGGUGACAGCGGCCACCUCUUCGGCCUCUUGCACCAGCUCGUCCUCUGCAGAUGAAGAUUUCCAUCCCCAGCCUUCCUUGCGGUCAAAGGUAACAACAGGUGGCAGACCAAAGAGGGCCUUGGCUUGUGGGACCCGUUUACCGUCCAGAUUUCAGACCCAGUGUGGACCCCAGCUGCAGUGGUUUCCUCAGGAGGAUUGCGUUUCAUUGCAUCUGACAGCAACCGCUUUUUACCUGGAACGCCCCAAGAAUUAGCUUCUUUUUUUUUUUUUUUAACUUUUAGAAGCUUGCC